UUACGGCAUACAGCCUUGCCUGGUUAAUAUAUUUAACAUGGGCCAAAGUCGACAGUCUAGCUGAUUUUCCCUAUGAUCCCAAGCGUGUCCUCAAAGUAGAUUAUGCUUUACUUCAGCUUACGUGGGGUUUUCUUACGUACUUGCCUUUAGCUGCAGAGGAAAAUAUUUUCUAUGGUAGUCAACACGAAUCCAAUCGCCUUGAUGUAUACAAGCCGGAUGAAGUCACGCAAUACAGUACUGCUGGUGGAAGAAAACUUUCUCCGGUCGUUGUUUUCGUGCACGGUGGUGGUUGGUGCACAG